GUGCAGCCAUUUCCUGUUACUUGACGCUGGGUGAAGAAACAAGUAGAAUGUAGCGGUACUCGCACCGGGCUCGCUUCCCAUUUUAACGGCCAUCACCUUCUGUAAUGUCGGUGCGAUUAGUCUGUUGUGGAGGAUGGAUGUUAAACGAAUAAGCGUCAGAAACGACUAACGGGCGGAUAAAAAUAUGUCCAACAUCCUGGAUGCGGCAUCCGGAGUGAGAUGGGACCGCACGGCUGCGGCGAAACGAGCCGUGUUCCUGGCAGCUGCCGCUUACGGCGUCAAAACGCUGUACCCCAUCAUCUGGAAGCAGCUCCACAGAAACAAUAAACACAGCGACAAUCGGACGGUCUCUAAGUCUGAGAACGGCUCUGCGUGUUUGGAGAAAACUCCAGUAGAGACCGCGGAGAAUAAGAAAGCGUCUCCCGGAGUGAAUGCGGAAUUUUUCAAGCAGAUCCUCGAACUUGGUAAGAUCCUCUUCCCCAAGCUCGUUUCUAAAGAGCUGUGCCUGCUGUGCUUGCACUCGGUGGCGCUGGUGUCCAGAACGUUUCUGUCCAUCUACGUGGCCAGUUUGGACGGGAAGAUCGUGAAAACGAUCGUGGAGAAGAAGCCCCGGCGCUUCAUCCUCCAGCUGAUCAAAUGGCUCCUCAUCGCUAUCCCGGCCACGUUCGUCAACAGCGCCAUCAGGUACCUGGAGUGCAAACUCGCGCUGGCUUUCCGCACCCGGCUCGUGAAUCAUGCCUACCGGACCUACUUCACCGAUCAGACCUACUACAAAGUCAGCAACAUGGACGGGAGGCUGGCCAACCCGGACCAGUCACUCACCGAGGACGUGAUGAUGUUCUCCCAGUCUGUUGCCCACCUUUAUUCCAACCUCACCAAACCAAUCCUAGACGUGAUGCUGACCUCCUACACGCUGAUCCAGACUGCCAGAGCAAGGGGAGCCAACGCCUCUGGGCCAACCUUGCUAGCCGGACUGGUGGUCUUUGCCACAGCUAAGGUCCUGCGUGCAUGCUCCCCCAAGUUUGGCAAACUGGUAGCUGAGGAAGCGCACAGAAAGGGUUACCUGCGCUAUGUUCACUCCAGGAUUAUUGCUAAUGCAGAGGAGAUAGCUUUCUACAGAGGACACAAGGUGGAAAUGUGUCAGCUGCAGAAGUGCUACCGAGCUCUGGCGGAUCAGAUGAACCUGAUUCUGUCCAAGCGCCUCUGGUACAUCAUGAUCGAGCAGUUUCUGAUGAAGUACGUGUGGAGCGGCAGCGGGCUCGUCAUGGUGGCUGUUCCCAUCAUCACGGCCACUGGAUUUGCAGACAAUGCUGAUGGACAGGCUCAGAUGAUGGUGAGCGAGAGGACAGAGGCGUUCACCACUGCACGAAACCUCCUGGCUUCAGGAGCUGAUGCCAUCGAGAGGAUCAUGUCCUCCUACAAAGAGGUCACAGAGUUGGCAGGCUACACUGCGAGGGUCCACAAUAUGUUUCUGGUGUUCGAUGACGUACAGAAGGGGGUUUACAAGCGUUCGUCUCUGUCAGCCACCUCAGGAACACAGAAGAAGAGCAAACCUGAGAUGCACAUAGAUGGGCCACUGGAGAUAAGGGGUGAAGUGAUCGACGUGGACCAGGGCAUCGUGUGUGAGAACGUCCCCAUCAUCACACCAAACGGAGAUGUUGUCGUCUCUUGCCUGAACUUGAAGGUGGAGGAGGGCAUGCACCUGCUGAUCACAGGACCCAACGGAUGUGGGAAAAGCUCCCUGUUCAGGAUCCUCAGCGGAUUGUGGCCCGUCUAUGGCGGCCGGCUACACAAACCCUCUCCAGAACACAUGUUUUACAUCCCUCAGAGGCCAUACAUGUCAAUCGGGACGCUACGAGACCAGGUGAUUUACCCAGACUCUGUAGAGGACAUGGCUGCCAGAGGGCUCGGUGACAAGGAUCUGGAGGCCAUCUUGGACAUAGUCAACCUUAACCACAUUGUCACUAGAGAGGGUGGCUGGGACGCAGAGCUGGACUGGAAGGAUGUUCUGUCAGGAGGAGAGAAACAGAGGAUGGGCAUGGCGCGCAUGUUCUACCACAAGCCUAAAUACGCCCUGCUGGACGAGUGCACCAGCGCCGUGAGCAUCGACGUUGAGGGGAAGAUUUUCCAGGCUGCCAAGGACGCCGGCAUCUCCCUGCUCUCCAUCACACACCGACCCUCCCUGUGGAAGUACCACACCCACCUGCUUCAGUUUGACGGCGAGGGCGGCUGGCGCUUUGAGCAGCUGGACUCGGCAACGCGCCUCUCCCUCACAGAGGAGAAGCAGCGACUGGAAGCACAGCUCGCUGGCAUUCCCGAGAUGCAGAAUCGCCUCAACGAGCUCUGUAAAAUCCUGGGAGAUGACUCCGUCCUGAAAACAGCUGAGGAGUGAGAGGGGAGGGUGAGGAGUGAUGGGGGGGCUAGGGUGAUUAGGAAAGAAAAAGAAAUCCAGUGGCAAUCUUCUCCUUUUAGAUUUACUCUAAUAACCCGAGCACCCCCAUGCCUCCUUUAUUCAGCUUUUGCCUGAGAGGAGGAAGUAGAAAAUGCAUUGCUCCUUCUGAUGCUGACUCUACUCGUGCAGAUUUUUAAAUCAGGGCUGCACAAACAUCCACUUCUCAUCUCUGUAAAGCAGCAUAUAGAUUUCAUAACAUGUUUUGCCCUAAAAGCCUCAAAGCUGAUUUAAAUUAUCGCUAAAACUCACCAACAACAUCAAGAUUACAAAUUUGAAGGAGAGGAGAGAGAAAAGUGUGUGUUUAUUAUGCAGCCCUGUUUUUAUCGGAGCGUUUUAAAGUUUACGCUGCAUCCAGAUGAAUUUCUGUCACUGGUCAGAGAACAGGAUGAUUGUUUUGCAUUUAGCACUUUAUCUUCAGAGGGCUGUUUCCGAGUGACGUGAGCAGACGUCUGCUGGAGAAUCUACCUUCUUGCCCAAAGCAGUAUUACCUCCUAAACCGAGCCACGCUCAAGUCUGAGUGAGUUUUCAUAAUCUGAAAAAUCAGGCCAUCGUUUUUUUCUCUAAAUGAAAAAACAAGUGACUGGAUGUUUGUUUUUAAAUCUGAUACCAGAAAAAAAAAAUACAGAAAUGGCUUGUUUCUGGUACUUUUAUAUUCAGUUUUUAUGUGCGCACCAACUUGUUGUAUUACGGUAACCAUGCUUGGAGGCAGCCGACUUGUUUUUAAUAAGUAUGGAGUUUAAAUUCAUUAAUGUGGGUUUGAUCCUAAAGAGUCUGUAUCUGAUAUCUGGUUCAAAAACAAACAAAUUAACUAGUUUUCUUCAUUUGUUUGAUUGUCAAAUGAAGUCGUAAUGAUCGAGGCACUGAUUCUGAAAUUACAACAAUCGUCUUUCUUACCUCCACCUCAGCGUUGAUCGGACCACCGACCCAGGCUCGGACUAUUAUUAGAGCCAUUAGCGAUUCGGGCUGAGCUGCUGAACCGCAUCUUUCUGGUUUAUUGAACAAACACAAUAAGCUGAGGGGGUCCUCUGUGAGCUGCCUCUCAGUGGAGCAGGUAGUCACUCAGACAAUGAAACUGUCUCACACACACACACACACACACACACACACACACACACACACACACACACACACACACACAUCAGCCAGCUGUUGGUGUUCGGUCCUGUGUUGACACAAAGCACAUGUCUGCUUUGUUUAAGUGCAUAAUAAGGCCUGAAGGCUUUAAAGACGUCAUCGUAAUUUAAUUAUAAAGUGUGUGUUUACUUGCACGUUGCAUUCCUGAUAAUCAUGUAUCAGCGCUGUUUUAUAAUGAAUGACAGCUGUCCUUAUCAGGCAUGCACAGUGAUUUACAUAGAAAAGCUGUAAUUCAAUCUUCUUCAUAGAUAGAGUUGGGGUUUCCUGCCUCUGGGAUGCUUGAACCACAAUAACCACUACUUGCAUGUCUGGAGUUAUCAGUGCUUUGGUAAAGUCUUUACCCUCCUACAGAUUUCUCUUUCUGCUCUUUGUCACUUAAAUGUUUCAGAUCAGGAAACGAAUCAAAGGUGGUCUGAGUAAACAGAAAACAAUGAUUUUAUUUAUUAAAAUAUUUGGUGAUUAUCAUUGUUAUACAGCAUUUAAUAAAACUAAAGAUGCAUCACAUCAACAUGAUCAGCAAUUACAUCAGCAUACAAGCCAUUUAGGAGCAUUCUGUGGUAGAAUAAUGUUCACAGUGAGUUGUAUUGCUCUUUAACAGAAGGAUCCUAUUAGGAGGUAAUACUGAGCAACAUUUUGUCGUUUACAGCUCUGUUGACUCGAUUGUGGGCUUCCCCUUACCUGAAGGUCCAAUAGGUGCUGAGUUGGAACCUCUGCUGGGAGGAAAGAGCCACAUUAUUUGCACAACUGUUUUAAUUCAGACACACUGGAGGUUUUUCCACCGCAGACGGUCAUUUUAGGUCAGACAUUCACAUUCAGGAUGUUCUGCUGAAGAGCAGCUAGUGGUCCUGAUGCAGCAAAGCAGCCCCCGACCAUCGCACUACCACCUCUAUGUUCAACUGUUGCUAUGAUGUCCAUCUGAUAUCCAUCUGAUGUAGAGCUGGGCAAUAAAUCGGAAAUGUAUCGUUAUCGAUAUUACUAAUGCUUAUCGUGAUAAUUGCUCCCACGUCAAUAAAUUUGAUAAUAAAUAAAUGAAAAAAUGUGUGUAGGUUGGCAACGUUCAUGUCCCUUUAGGAAACUGCACCACCUUGAGUCACAUAAAAAUGUGACUACUUACUACAUGUGACAGCCCCAUCUAGUGGACAACUUUUGUUUCUGCGCAUACCUGUAGUCAUCGUCUAUCGUUAUCGAGGUGAAAUCCUCAAUAUAUCUUGGUAUUGAUUUUAGGCCAUAUCAUCCAGCCCUAGUCUGAUGUAUGUUAUUCUUACAUCAGAUGGAGAACCUUGAAGAAACUUCAGUUUUUGUCUCUUCAGUCCACAGAAUAUUUUUCCGAAUGAUCUUGUCGGUCAUAACCGUCCAUUUUUAAAAAAUUCUUUAAAAUUAUUGUCAGUUUGUGUUUUCGUUCUCCCACAGACGCCAUGAUGCCUCUUGUCUUAUAGAAGGGAGUGUGAAGUGUUGUCUUUUGAGCUCCUUUAGCCUUAACUCUACAGAUAAUCAGAGCACGGUGUGGCUGGUGACACUGAACUAACUAUAACUAUACUAACUGUUACUCUUUCAUUUUGCUUGGUUGACUUGAAAAAUGAAAUCAUCAUUUAAAAUCUGCAUCGUGUGUUUACUCAGGUUAUCUGAAACAUUUGGGUGUGAAGUAGUAAACCAGAAGAAAUCUGUAAGGUAAAAACUUUUCCACGGUGAAGUAGAUCUGAAGCUGUUAAACUCACAAGAGCAGGUAAAUCUUUACUCUGCUCCAGGUGUUUAGAAGCUGUGAACACCCCCACUGUUCCCCUCAUGAGGGCCAGUGAUGGUUUUGUUUUUACCCUAAAACUCAAACAAACCAGGAGUUCCUACGAUUGUACCUGAGCAUGUCAGUCUAAUAUGUAGUUUUAUUCAUUUCCACAAACUGACUAAUAAUUAGUACGUUUUUAUGAUCUAAACCUUACAUUUCUUACCUCUUAUGAAUGUGUCCAAACACACACAACUAAAGCUUAAACGGUGCGGUGUGAUAAUCCCAAAUUAUUCAGCUUCAAAUGGUAAGUAAGUGUAAAAAUGAGACAAUAAGAUCAUCUUUUAGCAGAAUGUAAACAAAUUCGCUGCUGCUUUUUAGACUGCACACCGGAUUGUGAGAAUCAUCAAAGAAAUACCCAAAUAAUUUCAGAUUUAAACAUAGAUAUCAUUUGCAUCUGCAUUUUAGGCUUUUUGUAAGCUUAGCUUUUAUUAACACCUCCCCACCUGAGAUCAGUGAUGCACACCUGCUGUCAUCAGAACUAAAAGAAACAUAAAGAAUAAAAAUAGUUGCUUAAAUCUGAAAACUGCACCUUGGAUGCCCCAUCAUGUUUGUGUAACAUGAUCUGGACUCUUAAGAAGAUAAUAAUACCUUUUUAUUUGUUAUGCAAAAGCCGUAAGCUUUACGAUACACUCGUGAAACCAGCUCGUAAAGCUGUUUUUAACACCACUAUGGAUGAGCGUCUCUGGCCUGAAUCAAGUGAUGCUUUCUGCUCAGAUUUUGUUGACAGGAGGAAACACAAGCCGCUGAAUGACACAAAGUCUAGCCAGAUAAAGAGAACAGCUCAGGUCAGCUAAAACCGACAAUAACAUUUUUUAAAAACCAUGAUCUUAAUUUGACAGGAUGGUAGAAGAAAUGACGGAGUGACUUUUUACUGAAAUGCUCCUGAUUAGAUGGAACUCUUGUCACUUUAAAUAUGCUGCAGGUCUGAGUUGUGAGUGGUCUUGUUGCAGAACUCUGAGCUUUAGUCAGUGCUGUGAUUGUUUCUGCUGCCCCCACUGGUCACAAGGACUUAAUGCAGGGUUAGUUUUUAACACGUUUUGAAUGCUUGUGAUGUUCUUUCCUCUUUUCUUAUGAUCUCAUAGGUUAUUCUGUAUGUUUUAACAUCAUUGUGAGAGUUGCACAAAGCAACAUAAAUCAUGUCUGUUCAAAACCCACAUGCUAACGUCACUUUAUGUUGAAAAGUGAAGAUGUAUUUUCUUGCUAAUAAAAAAAUUAGAGAAAGA